AUGCGAGUAUUCCUAAUAUUGUGUCCAAUAUUGAAAAUCGUUGAAAAUUGUGCUCCAGUUCUAACAUCACCCUCAAUCUUUGCUCCAGCGCCAAUCCCCUCACCAAUUUUGCCACCAGUAUUAUUUUCCUUGGAUACGCCAAGCAAUGCAGAUUAUGCGGACACUGAAAUGACGAUUCAAAAGUAUGAGAAUUUUAAAAAUAAAAACGUUUGCAAAAAUAUUGCAAGUCGCACGUUUGCCCUGGCGGGAAAACAUAAAGGCUACACAUAUUUUAUGCACAAAGAAUAUAUAAUACAUUGACACAUUUUGUAUAGUUUAGUCAUCUUACUCAAGCGAAAUAAACUUGGGGAUUUUCAAACACGGAAAAAAUUGUUUCAGAGAUACUAUUGUACCGAUUGCGGAAAAAUCUAAACUAUCGUACUCUCUUUUCGAUCUCUUCAGACCACUACAACUAUCAACAGUCGCACCAAAAGUAGAGGUUAGAGAUAUAAUGUUGGGUUUUCCUGUGUUUAUACUUAUUUCAAAUUAUAGAAAAUUGAUAAAAUCACCAUGAACUUGACAAUUUCUCCCCCCGUUCAUUGGACAUAUUGUGAUCCUAUUUGUGGAGUCGGUGACCAAGCUGUCGAUCCGGAUAACUCAUUUGAAAAUGCAAAAGAUGAUGUGCUAGAAGCGGUAAGCAUUUUUUUUUUAAAUUUGAAAUAUAAUAAUUAGUUAACCCAUUUUCAGAUCAGAACAUCGUGCACCAAAUCAUCUGUAAAAUGUGAUAUGUCUUCUGUGAACUUGAAUUAUCAUCCAGAAUCUAUCUUGGUUGAGGAUUUUGGGCCAUAUUUUGAUAUUCGGGGAAACAGAUAUCGAAUCAGUGGAAAAACUGUGGCUUUUAGAAUGAAUAACAUGAAUCCUGGCUCCAUUGAACCUUUCCAAAUACCGGUUAGUAUGUAGAAAUUGUGAAAGCAAGGUUUAUUGAGAACGAAGUUAAUUCCAAAACUUUUUUUUUCAGUAAUUAGAAUUUGAUUUUCUUGAAAGCAAUUUGAUUUUCUUGGAAGCAUGUUUUAAUUUAGUACAACCCCGAUCAAAAUACAUUCCGUGUCUAUUAAAUGUGAAAAUUUAUUUUUAAAAAUUCAGGAUUUCAAUAGCAAAUAUUUGAUUUUCACAAUUUUUCAAAGUAACAUCAUAGUUCAAUGAGAUCAUUUUAUAUUUGUUCUCGCGUGAUCUGGUUAAUUUGGUUAAUUUUCUAGUUUACGGUUAUGAAAAACUCAUGAUAUUUGUUAUGAGCUCCACAGGAAAAUUGUUAUUGACAAAAACAAAGAAAAAUGAUUUCCCUAGUGAUUCAAAAUUACUCACAUUGAAAAUGAAUAUUCGCAAUGUUAUUUUUAUUGUUAAAAAAUGGUGUUUGUUUUCAGCUGAAAAUGGAUUUCACUGUGUUAUCAAGCAUUUCAAAAUCGCAAUCGAUAAAUCUGCAACGUAUGAUUGUCGAUUUUCUGUCGGCUCGGAAAAAUAUGCACACAACGACAACAAAUUUCAACUAAUAAUAAUAAUCCUAAUUAUCGUUUCGUUUUUUGUGUUGUUCUUCUUGAAUUCCACAUUUCCACACGAAAAUCGCAAAAAUGUUUUCUUCCUUGAAAUUUUUUAUUUAUACACUUGAAAAAAUGAAGAGAGCAAAUAUUAGAGUUAGAAAGUUGGGUGAUGGUGGUGGUAGUAGUAUUUUUUGAUCGACACUGCGUACACAUCAGGCACACACAUACACACACACAUACAAACACAUACAAAAUACACUCUUUUCUAUCUCACAAGAAUUGCGCAAAGUCCUUCAAACACUUCUUUUUUUCUUUUUUUCUUCUUAUGGCGCACUGUCACCCUUCUUUUUUUUUGCUGUGCUGUUGUUAUGUUUUGUUUGAGAAAAUCAAUCAAUAAAACCAUGUGACAACAAACUUCCCUUUUUCUCACCAUAACCAUUUUUUUCUUCGCGCAUUUUGUUUGUUUUUUUUUUCCGAGAUCUUGAGAGAAACUUUUCAUGAUUGUUACACUUUUUGAUUUUGGUAAUUAAUUAGGUUUUUGAUUAAUGAAUCAAAACACACAGACACAAUAUCUGGUUUUUCAAUGAUUCAAUUUGUUAUUCAUUGAAUGAAUUCGUCGAGCCCACUUCCUGUUCAAAUAAAAUUGAAUGAGACUCUUUUUUUUCAUCAAUGAAUCAGUCAAUUAUAAACAAAUUCCUGCACCCCAAAAAUUCCAAUCAAAAAAGCUAAUAUAAACAUUUUUUUUCAUAACAUUCAUCAUAAAAACACUUUUUUUUCCAAAUAGAUAAUAUCUGAACACUGACCUUUUGAUAUCUAUCCAAAAAAAAAUCUCCGUUUUUUCUAAUGUUUCAUUUUUUCUUUUUGUUUGGGUGCACAUGUUUACAUAAGCGCCCAAGGUGAAAUUAAUGAAUGGCAACAUUUUUUGACAAGCUGUCAAUUCUUUUUCUUUUUUCUUCUUUUUCUUUUUCUCAGUUUCUAACUGUAUAUAUUUCUCAUUUUUUUGCGCGGUUUUCUUCUCUUUUUUGUUUCUGCCGUUUUUCACCCUCGCUUUGUAACUGAAUGCACUUUUGAUAAGUACAUAUUUUAUUCGUUUUUGUCCUGAACCAACGGCGAAACAAAAAAAAGAACGGCGUAAUUGUAGACAGAAAGAAGCACAUAUGAUGAAAUGGAACUAGGGUUAGAUGUGAAAAACGCAGCUGGAGUAGGCACACGUUGCAAGAAUAUUAUGAAUUUCAUUCGUCGCGCGCUCAGUUUUGGAGCCAAGGAUCGGAGACAAAGUGAGUUUUGGGGUUUAAAAAGUCGAAUUGUUUGUUGGGACCACGGGGAAAUUUCUAGCAUCAAUUUUUGAGAGGGUCAUAUUGACAAACUUCCACCAGAUAAAUUUCCUUUUUUACCAUAAAUGUUCAAUGCUGGACUUUCGAAAAAUUUCUGGGUGAUAGAAAACCCGGGAUUUGAAGCUCUGAACUUUAUCAGUAUUAUAAUAUUCAUUUUUUUUCAGAGAACUCGACUGAAGAUUUGGAUAUUUCCCUUGACACUGUCAAUCAUGCUUUAUCCAGUAGUUCAGGUAUAAAACUCUCAUUUUUUUACUGAUUCUAAAUUUUUCAAUUAUUUUUCAGCAAGUGAUGGUGCAUCCACCUCAUUCAUCUUGGUUUCCCACGCUCCUUCUGUUUAUGAAGAUCCAUUUGUCGCUGUAUCUGCUGAUGGUUUUAUCCAUAUCAAAUAUUAUUAUGCAUUCAAUGCUAGAAUCGAAUUCCAUAUGGAAGAUGUACAUUCACCACAAAUGGUUAGUUUAAUUCCAAAAUCUCGCCAAAUUCUUUGAAAAAUCAAUUUUCAGCGUCGAUUGAAUCGCGUGGUAGAUGUUCGAAAUAUUACCAAGGUUUAUUACGCGGGCGGGGAAGAAUGCCAAGAUCCUCAAAUUGUGAAAAGUUGGGGAAUGUGUCGAAAUGAUGUUUGGUGGGCUAGCCAUCUUAACAGAACUGAAAAAGGAAACCGGUGCUAUAGCAUAGUUUUGGAGGAUGAUUCUACAAUCCGAGCUGGUCUAUCAGUUCAUAACAUUGAAGCGUUUGCGGAGAGUAUCCAAUGUGUUGGACUCGAAAAAGAUGUUCCAUUUCAACAUGGUCUUCCGAGCCCACCCUUCAACACUUUGGAAAUUCCAUUUAUUGAUGAGGAUGGUGAAUAUAUCCCGUAA